ACGGAGCGCCGACCUACACACCGACUCCAGGACAAACCUCUUCUCCAAGUCCAACAGCUAAUGCUCCGAUCUCCAUCGCUGCCCACAUUCUUCCAAUCAUGUCGACCGGAUAUGCCCUCGUUCUCCCGGCAGUGGUUUUUGUGCUUUCUAGCCAGCCCGUGUUUCGGCAACUCGUCUGCGUUCCGGAAGGUCAUCCUCCCAGCAGUGGCCCGCGUUCCGAAGAGUCGUCCUCCUGGCAGUUUUUUGUGCGCGUCCCAGCAGCAGCCCGCGUUUCCGCAACUCGACCGUGUUCAGGAGGGCCGUCCUCUCUCUACGGCGGACUUCCGGUAGAAUUCUGGUUGCGUGGCCUGUUACCACCGCGGCACCUUCAGCUUGCACGAAAGCACAAGAACCUUCAGGGUGCUGAGAUGCAGGUACCUGCGUAGAAUUUGGAUUGCGGUCGUCGACCUUCGAUGAUUUGAUGACCGCCAGACUAGGAGAGCAUCACAGAUUGCCACCAGGAUACAUAUUUUAGUCCAGGUUGAAGCGGAGCCGUUGAAGAACGUGCAUAACGUGUGCCAGUAUUGUCUGGCAGUUUGAGCCAAGAAAGCAGCUGAACGAAAAAAAGGUUGGAGCUGAGUAAAUAUUCGAAAAGGUUCAUUAACUACAAGGCGCAGAGUACGGGAACCUGAUCUGCACUGAACGACUCAACUCAACUCAGAUCCGCAUAUGACAUCAGUUUCAAAAGUACAUCAACGAACUCGAC